AUUACGGCAAAUUCUCUCCCCUGAGAGCGAAUAUAGAGAGAGAGACAGUCAAAAUUAGGUAUUGUUCUCUCGAUUUUCUCUCUCCCCUCAAAAUCUCCCUUCUUCGUUCUCCGCAGAUGGCCCCCAACCGAUGGAUCAGGCCCGAGGUUUAUCCUCUGUUUGCGGCCACAGGGGUUGCUGUUGGCAUCUGCGUGAUGCAGUUGGUGCGCAACAUUUCCACCAAUCCUGAAGUCAGGGUGACCAAGGAAAAUAGGACAGCAGGAGUUCUGGAUAACUUUGCAGAAGGAGAGAAGUAUUCUCAGCAUGCCCUCCGGAAGUUUGUCCGCAACAAGUCUCCAGAGAUCAUGCCAAACGUCAACAAAUUCUUCACUGACCCAAACUAAAGUUUCCUUCUUACAUCAAACAGUCUGUUCCUUGAUUGUUGAGGUUUCUUGGUGUUCUUACAUUGCUAGUUUUGGAAUGUUUAUGAUGGUCUGGAAAUGAGACCGUUGACUAUAUUUAAACUGGUUGACCAGUGGUACAAACUUGAACAAGUUUAAUAAAGAAUUGAAUUGCAUUUUUUGUCAUCA